CUGCUCAGAGUGUGACCGUAGUUGAGUAUAACAAAAAUAGAAAAUUUUUCGGGAGAGUAGCUGAUGUUAAUUUACCUUUGCAGCAAAUACAUUUUUAACAGCAAGUUGUAAUAAAUAAAAAGACAAAGUUAGUUAGCAUAAAGCCGUCAAAAGUGCUUGUGUUUGGUACAAAAGUGUAACUCGAAUAAAAUUACAAUUUUUACAAAAAAUACCCAAAAUCUUUCGGAAAUACUAGCGCACACACACACGCAUACACAGAAACGCUGUAACACGUACUCGCGUCGAGCAUAAAAAAUUGUAAUUGUAAUCCAAAAAACAAAGGUGCAAUUUAACUUGAUUUGCAAACUAAAUUGAAGUUGUAUAGUGUUAGUUACGCAGCGACAAUUUGUUAAAUUGUGAAUUGAACGUUUUUGCUUUGAUAGCGAGUGCAAUUAAAAAGAGCGCAGCUUCAACUGCGCAAAUGGCACAUUAGAGGACGACAAACAGCAACAGAGAGUGAGAGAGAGAGAGGGAGACGGAGAGAAGAAGAGAGAGUGACACAGAGAGCGAGCGAGCAACGAUCCAGGGAUGGAUGAUCUGUCGCAGGGCGACAUUUGUCGCGUUUGCCGCUGCGAGGCAUUGCCAGAUCGCCCGCUCUUCUAUCCAUGCAUUUGCACGGGCAGCAUAAAAUAUAUCCACCAGGAUUGUUUAAUGCAAUGGAUGCGUUACUCGCACAAGGAAUAUUGUGAACUAUGUGGACAUCGCUUCAGUUUUCAGCCGAUUUAUGCGCCCGAUAUGCCGCGAGUGUUGCCACUGCGCGAUGUUUUGGUGGGUUUAAUGUCAGCUGUUUUGGAAGGCGCCAGAUGUUGGCUACAUUAUUCACUGGUGGGCAUGGCCUGGUUUGGUGUGGUUCCCCUUUCGGCCUAUCGCACCUAUCGCUAUCUCUUUCGCGCUAGCUCAUUUGACAUGAUCCUGUCGCUGCCAUUCGAUAUAUUUUCUAUGGAGAAUCUGGCGGCGGAUGCAUUUCGUGGUUGCUUUGUGGUCACCUGCACCUUGCUAUCAUUUAUUGGUCUGGUCUGGCUACGCGAGCAGAUACUACAUGGCGGCGGACCCGAUUGGUUGGAACGCGAAGAGGCUGCACCAAAUCCGGCGCCGGCUGCGGCUCCGGCUGCUCAACCCGCUGCUGCCGCUGCUCCACCCGCUGCUCAGGCUGCUCAACCCGCUGCUGCCGCUGCUGCUGCGGCGCCACAGGAUGACAACAACAAUGGCGAAGCUCCUGCCGAGCUGCCUGCCAAUAAUCCCGAACCCGCUGUGCCGGAAAAUGAUGAACAGAACUGGAAUCCCAUGGAAUGGGAUCGUGCCGCCGAAGAGCUCACCUGGGAGCGUUUACUGGGUCUAGAUGGUUCGCUGGUCUUCUUGGAGCAUGUCUUCUGGAUCAUCUCACUAAAUACCAUGUUUAUUUUUACGUUCGCAUUUUGUCCGUAUUGUGUGGGCAACUUUAUACUGAGUUCCAUGGAUCUGUUGCAGCCGGAGAAGCCUCUACUGCAUUUCCAUGGAUUGAUAACGACGCUCUUUGGUUAUUGCUGCAUUGGAUUGACGCUAGUGGUGCUACAUUUCCUGGCACGGGUCUUUCGAUUACGCAGAAUCUGCUGGUUCAUUGGACUCUGUUAUAUUGUGGUGAAGGUAUCGCUGCUUUCCGUCGUGGAGAUUGGCGUGCUCCCGCUAAUCUCCGGCUGGUGGUUGGACAUUUGUUCGUUGCCGCUGUUGGAUGCCAGUUUGAAGGAUCGCAAGGCUAGCUUUAAGGCUGCUCCGGGUACUUCGCUUUUUGUCCACUGGAUGUUUGGCAUGGUCUAUGUUUACUAUUUUGCCGCCUUUAUAUCGCUGCUUCGGGAGGUUUUGCGUCCUGGUGUCCUCUGGAUCUUUCGCAAUGUCAACGAUCCGGAUUUCAGUCCCAUUCAGGAAAUGAUUCAUGUUCCCAUUGUGCGGCAUGUGCGUCGUUUGGUCGCCUCCGCCAUGAUCUUUGGCUUUGCGGUGCUGCUGAUGCUCUGGCUUCCAAUACGCAUCCUACAAGUGGUCUGGCCCAAUUUCUUGCCCUACGCCUUGAGCGGCGACUCCGAGGUGAAUGAUCUCAGUCUGCAACUGCUUCUCCUGCAGAUUGUGCUACCGGGAUUCUUCGAGCAGACGCAGACUCGCAUCUGGCUGAAGGGAUUACUGCGGAUCUGGUGCACAGCUGUCGCCUGGUUGCUGGGCAUUCGCAGCUACCUGUUGCCCGCUCCAGAGCCAGCAGCUGAGGAGGCAACGGCCGAAGACGCUGUCAAUCAAGCAGCUGAAGCGGGCGAAGAUGGAGGAGAAGCUGCUCCCGCUCCCGCUCCGGCUGCUGCAGCACCAGCUCCUCCUCCGCCGCCACCACCAGAGCCGGCACCACCGCGUAACUUGGCAGCUGCUCAUCAGGCGAUCAUGCAACGUGAAUUACCUGUAGGAUUCCAACCCUACGAACGUCCCUCGUUCUUUGCUUUGCGAUUGUGUGCGCUGUUAUCGUUGAUGUGUCUAUCGAUUGUUUGUGCUGCCAUGUUGAUGUUGACAGUGCCAGUUUAUAUAGGCAGACGUCUGAUGAUGUUGUGGACAGGACAGCCGGGGGAUAAGGCAGCCGUGGGAAUACCAGGUGACUUGCCAGCAGCUCCAGCUGAUCCCGAGGUGGCACGUAAAAACGAGCGUUUGUUGCGUCCCCAUGAGCUGUACACCGCUGAGAUUGGCGGCUAUCUCUGCUGGAUUGUGUCCCGUGGCAUUGCUGUGGUGGUGACACUCCUGCCACAAGGACGUGCUGCGAUUUUGAACAAGCUGAAGCAUUGGGCACGAGUUGCCCUGCAGUAUGCAUUGCCUGUAUUGACGCUAUUGGGGAUCUUUGUGCUUGUGCCGUUGCUCUUUGGACUGCUGCUGGAACAGGUGGUGGUGAUACCACUGCGUGUACCCUUACGCAAUACACCCAUACACUUUUUGUGGCAGGAUUGGGCGCUGGGUGUGCUCUAUACCAAAAUAGCGAUUGCCUUGACGUUGAUGGGUCCGGAUUGGCAUUUGAAAAGGGCUUUGGAACGUGCUUAUACGGAUGGCUUGAGAGAUUUCGAUUUGAAAUUUGUUAUGCGUGAUUUGGCGGUGCCGGUGGUGACCACAUUUGGUCUGGCAUUGGCCAUACCCUAUGUUAUUGGGGGCUCCAUCAUGCCGAUGUUCUUUGCGCGUGCCGAGGAUCGUCGUUUUAUAGGGCGCAUCGUUUAUCCCAUCAGUUUUAUACUUGUGGGCAGCGUUUGCUUUGUGCUCUUCCAGAUCAAGCAGCUGAAGAAGCUGUAUUUGUCCAUCAAGGUGGACAAAUAUCUGGUGGGGCAGCGACUGGUCAACUAUGAGCAUCGCAAGAAGCAGCAGCAGGCAGCACAGGAGCUGAAGGCACGCCAGGAGGCAGAGAAUCAGGAAAGAGCUGCCGCUGCCGAACCCGAACCCGAACCCCAACUGGAAGCCGAUCCUUUGAUCAAUCUAGCCGAACAGGCGGCUUUACAUGCACGACGACGACGCGCCCAAAUGCCACGCCCCCUGAUCGUGGAUGCCAAUGAGGAGCUGCUCUAGGGUUACGUUUACUUUAUGUGCAUGUUCAUAAUGGAAUCCCUGCUGCUGUAUCUCUGUUUAAGUCAUCUGCUGCAUCUACACACACUUGUACACCUGGAGGAGCAUCCAACACAGCCACAACCUCAGCCAGUUGCCGAUCUUGUAGAUCUUGUAGAUCUUGCUGAUCUUGCUGAUCAGCAGCAGUUGUAAAAUUUGCAAGUUGAGCAACAAAUUCAACUAUUGUUUUCAUUUUUUUUAUAUAUUUUUAGUUUUCCUUUUCUAUUGUUUUGUUAGACUUGAUUUUUCUUUAAACUGUACAAUACUUUAAGCCAAGCCGGAUAUAGCCAAUAGUUAAUCAUUAAAUCUACUGAUUUUCUAUAUAUUAUAAUA